AUGUCAAAUAUUUUCGUGUCUGAUCGAAAAAUUGAGCUAUCGGCGAAAUGUUUUCGUGUCGCUUCGACGAAAGGACACAAGGGUCAACACCAUCAUCCUACGGUACCGGCUACUAUAAAAUUUAACAUCAAGCAUGGAUUCCCGAAACUUCCAAAGAGCUUUUGGCUUUCGUUUGAAGAGACAAUGUCCAGAAAUGCGCGCGUCAUCAUGUCGGUCAUGCGAACCAGGACCCUCCAAGAGGUGUUCGAAGAAUCAAAAAUGGUAAUUUCCCAACUAACCGAGGAGGAAAUUCACGAGUUCAAAGAAGCAUUUCUCCUGUUUGACAAGGACGGAAACGGCACGAUUUCGAUCAAAGAAUUGGGUGUGGCAAUGAGAGCACUUGGACAGAAUCCAACAGAACAGCAAAUGAUGGAAAUCAUUCACGACGUGGAUUUGGAUGGAAACGGACAAGUCGAGUUUCCCGAAUUUUGUGUUAUGAUGAAAAGAAUCAUGAAAGAAACCGACUCGGAAAUGAUUCGCGAGGCGUUCAAAAUCUUCGAUCGUGACGGAAACGGAGUUAUCACUGCCAAUGAGUUCAAGUUGUUCAUGAUUAACAUGGGAAUGUGUUUCGAUGAGUGUGAAGUUGAGGAAAUGAUGAAUGAAGUUGAUUGUGAUGGAAACGGAGAAAUCGACUACGAGGAGUUCGUGAAGAUUUUCAGCUGA